CAUCUAGGCGGCGACACAGAGUCCCUUUUCUCUAAAAACAACAACAUUUCACCUUUCUUUCUUAUAGUCAAAAUGCUUGAGCACGUUUGAGUGACCAUGGAGUGCGUUUGCCGUCAGGUAGUUGAGAGUUAAUACGGCGAGAAUAUUGGGAGAAGGAAACUUUUCAAGGAAUCCAAGGAGCUACAGUUGGAAACAUGGCUGUUCGCGAAGAAGGAGAGGCUUUGCACAGUAAAAUCAGGCACCACGAUGGGGUUGCCAAUGCAAACAGCACAGAGAGCUUCAGGAACGGCUAUGUGAAGAGCUGCGUCACCCCUUUAAAACAAGUCCAUCAAAGGGGAUUUUUGUUUAACGUCUGUAGGUUUUGCAUUGAGGACAUUCUGAAUUCCAAAAUAUUUAGAAUUUCUGGCCUAUACCUGGGUGCAUUCGCAAUUUUUGCAGUUUCGUUGCUUAUUUCCAGGAGCUUGCAAAGUGACUUCAGCUUUUGGGAUUUGCGGACUUUUCUGUCGGGCUUCUCUCAGUCCAUCAGCCCUCUCUUUAGCAUAGGCUGUGCAUUCUUCUUUUUGACCUUUUAUUUAAGGAGGAAAAAGAGGGAAAGUAAUAAAUGUUGGCUUGUGUCACUGCCAGCAUCAUGUUACUUAGGGGAUUUUUUAGUUUUGCGGUUUUUGCAGUGGGGAGAGGACCAACACCAGAUGCAAAUGAUUGGCAGGUUGUUAUUCGUGUUGGGGUGUGUGGGUCUCCUAACACUGAUCCCCACUUUGAAACUCAAACACAGUGUUCUGAUCCUGGUGUUUGCCAGUGUUGUGUGGUUGGUGUCUUUCACCAGUCUGAGCUGUCUGCCCGCACUCCUGAGGCCCGUGUUUGCGUGUUUGGCGGGUGUCUCAGGCUCGCUCUUGUCCCUCUGUUUUGACCAUUAUUACCCGUCGAGGGAAACGCCGAAUAGGAUCUCCAGCAACGAGGAGAAAGUCCCUGUGAUCAGACCCAGGAGAAGGUCCAGUUGUGUUUCUUUGGGGGAAACGUCGACCAGCUAUUAUGGCAGCUGUAAAAUGCCUCGCAGACCUUCAUUACCGUGCAUAUCCAGAGAACAGAUGAUCCUAUGGGACUGGGACCUGAAGCAGUGGUACAAGCCCCAGUAUCAGGGAGCGGUAAGUGGUAACGGAGUGGACCUGUCGGUCAUCAACGAGGCCAGGAACAUGGUGUCUGACCUGCUGAUGGACUCGUCCCUGUCGCCACACACCGUCUCGUCCCUGCGCAGCGUCAGCAGCCUCAUGGGGACCUUCUCUGGCUCCUGUCGGCCCAGGGUCAACCCCUUCACCCCCUUCCCAGGUUUCUACCCCUGUACCGAGGUGGAGGACCCUGCAGAGAGGGGCGACAGGAAGCCCCUGAAGGGUCUUAGCAGCAGGAACAGCCUACCAACCCCCCAACUCCGCCGCGGCUCCACCUCCUCCCCUCUCCCCCCUCUGGAGUCGGCCUCCUCCCGCUGGGAACGCAACAACGGCAAGAGACCGGGACCCCACCCUGACCUCAAUAUGACCAGCACGGGUUCUCUGUCCAAUGGGCCCAAUGCUAACCUGCUGACCAUCCCUAAGCAGAGGUCCUCCUCUGUGACCCUGACCUACCAUGCCGGGCCCAGGAGAGCAGGUGCGUCCCCCAGUCUGAGUCCUGUCAGCUCCCCCAGCCACAGUCCUCAAGGGGGAGGUCUCUCCUCCCAGGUUACGCGCCCCCCGGUGGAGUUCCCCGACACAGCUGACUUCCUCACCAAGCCCAGCGUCAACCUGCACAAGCCCCUGGGCUACAUCCUCAGCUCCGCUGACUUCCAGGGGCCUUACCGCAGCCCCGCGGCAAUGUGCACAAGCUGUGGUCGUCAGAUGCUGAAGAACAUGCCCAGUAUGGAGGCGGGGGAGGGACACCUGCCAUUCACUGGUCAUGCUGAGGCCCAGCGCAGACGCUCAGCAGGUGAGGGGUCAGAGUUCAUGGGGGAGGCACUGAUCAGGGAGGAGAGUGUGGAGGCCGAGUCGAUGGGGGACAGGAAUCCAGACGCAAGGAGCCGGGGCCAGACAGACGAGGAGGAGCAGAGCGCCACCACAGAACAGCAGACUCAGGAAACAGAGGGUGAGUUCAGACUAGACCCCCUGCUGGAGAACCACGAUGACCUCAUGGAGAAGAUCAACAGCUGGAACUUCCAGAUCUUUGACCUGAUGGACAGAACAGGAGGGAAGACAGGAAGAAUACUCAGCUACGUGACCUACACUCUGUUCCAGGACACUUGUCUGUUUGAGAUGUUUAAGAUCCCUGUGAGGGAGUUCAUGUCCUAUUUCUGUGCUCUGGAGAACGGCUAUAGGGAUAUUCCCUAUCAUAACCGGGUCCAUGCCACUGACGUGCUCCAUGCUGUCUGGUACCUGACUACCCGGCCUGUCCCAGGAUUCCAGCAGAUCCACAAUGAGCAUGUGACAGGAAGUGACACAGAUUCAGACAGUGGGAUCUCGCCAGGCCGGGUAUCAUACGCCUCCUCCAAGAGCUCGUCCAUCUCUGACGACAACUACGGCUGCCUGGCGUGGAACAUCCCUGCUCUGGAACUCAUGGCACUAUAUGUAGCAGCUGCCAUGCAUGACUAUGACCACCCCGGUCGCACAAACGCCUUCCUCGUAGCCACUAACGCAGCUCAGGCGGUGUUGUAUAAUGACCGUUCGGUCCUGGAGAACCACCACGCUGCUUCGGCCUGGAGCCUCUACCUGUCCCAGCCAGAGUUCAACUUCCUGGCCAACCUGGACCACGUGGAGUUCAAACGUUUUCGCUUCCUGGUCAUCGAGGCCAUCCUCGCCACAGACUUGAAGAAGCACUUUGACUUCCUCGCCGAGUUCAAUUCAAAGGUGAAUGAUGUGAACAGUCCAGGAAUCGACUGGACUAAUGAGAAUGACCGGCUGCUGGUGUGCCAAGUCUGCAUUAAGCUGGCAGACAUCAACGGGCCGGCCAAAGGACGCGAUCUGCACCUCAAGUGGACAGAAGGCAUUGUCAAUGAGUUUUAUGAGCAGGGGGAUGAGGAAGCCACUUUGGGAUUACCCAUCAGCCCUUUCAUGGAUCGCUCCUCUCCCCAGCUGGCCAAGCUGCAGGAGUCCUUCAUCACACACAUCGUGGGGCCGCUCUGCAACUCGUACGACGCCGCUGGCCUGCUCCCUGGCUACUGGAUCGACGAGGAGCGCUCUGAGGAUGAGGAUGAGGAAGAGCAGGUGGAGGACACAGAGACUGACGAAGACGAGCUGGAGGAGGAGCUCGAACCAAAAAGGAGAAACGGCCGGCGUCGGCUGUUCUGCAACAUCAUGCAGCACCUGACAGAGAACCACAAGGUGUGGAAGAAGACCAUCGAGGAGGAGGAGAAGAGCAAGGAGAAGCAGCAGGCCGACAGCCUGCCUCUCAGCCUGUCCCCUUCGCCCUCCGACGACCAGAUCCAGGUCAUUCAGGAGGAGGAGGAAGGAGAGGAGCGCCAGUAGCAUGAUGAAGAAGAGGAAGAGGAGGGACAGAGCCAGGAUGCUCGGGAAGGGCGGAACAGUGAAGGCGAAAGUCCUUCAACUCCUCCCUCUUACACGCUCACACACACACACACACAAAUAUUUAUACACAACACAUACGUGCACACACGUACUAUAGACAUAUACACAAACACAUACACACACAGGAUGACCCUGCUGGAUCUCCACACGUUGAAAUUGUCACUGUGCCGACGCGCUAAUGCAGUCAUGUUGUUUUGAAAAAAGGCCUUACUACUGUGAGGGGAUUCUUGCUGCAAUGGUGGGAACCCCACUCCUAUGCACUUUCACCCCAUGGAGAGUAGACCAAGAACAAACACCAGAGCUGAAGACACUGGUGUGGAGAGGAAGAGAGGAAAAGGGUCUGGAUGUGCCCUCCAUGGUGAUCUGGCUGUAAUGCUGCCUUGAACGCAGAGCACUUAACUCUCCCUUAGGUACUAAAACCAAUCCUAUGAUUUCAAAUAAAGGAAAAUAAAAAACACCUUGACGUGGUUGACAUCCGUUACCAAAGCGAACAGUUCAAACGUGGAAAGACAAGAGACUGAGACUGUUUCAGGCUCACUGUCAGGAAUAUUCUAGAUUUAUAUAUCAAAUGUGCCUGUCUGAACCUUUACUGAGUCCCCUGGUCCAGACCCUAGGUUGGUCUGUGCAGUCCUCUCCCCUUGCUGGAGACACCAAACACUGUAUCACUGACUCAGUCACAGAGACGUUGUGGAGAUGUUGACUGAAAAUGAGCAUUAUACCUGCAUCGUUUUUGAUGCCUUUUAUUCAUGUGUACCACCUGCCUUUUAUGUUUCCUUCUUUUUAUUGGUUUAAUUUAGUUGGUGUGAGCGUGUGUAUGUGUGUGUGUUUUCUUCAGGAACGCUUGGUCGCCAGUCAUUGAAAUGUUGUCGGAGAUGAGAUGUUCUCUGUUGUUCCAAUGGAGUGCUGUUCCAAUGGAGUGCUGUUCCAAUGGAGUGUUGUUCCAAUGGAGUGCUGUUCCAAUGGAGUGCUGUUCCAAUGGAGUGCUGUUCCAAUGGAGUGUUGUUCCAAUGGAGUGCUGUUCCAAUGGAGUGCUGUUCCAAUGGAGUGCUGUUCCAAUGGAGUGUUGUUCCAAUGGAGUGUUGUUCCAAUGGAGUGCUGUUCCAAUGGAGUGCUGUUCCAAUGGAGUGCUGUUCCAAUGGAGUGCUGUUCCAAUGGAGUGCUGUUCCAAUGGAGUGCUGUUCCAAUGGAGUGCUGUUCCAAUGGAGUGCUGUUCCAAUGAAGGGAUGUUUUUUUCUUUUGAUUUAUAUCUAUUUUUUCCACGGUUACUCAGGAUUCUCGUGAAGUUGAAUAAUUAUUUUGCAAGAAUUUAAGUAAUUGACUUUAAAACAAAAUCUCGGUGAUUGAAAUAGUUUUUAAGCUUUGUAUGAACAACUUGAAAAACAAACACAUUCAAGCAAUUGAACUGCUCCUCUGUGAUAGAGCAAAGUAUGUCCUGUGUUUCUGUCAAACUCCGCUGCCCCGCAGGCAGUGCCGUUGGCUUGAUCUUCUAAAGACCUCACUGUAGAAUUGGGAUCCUUGAUUGUCAGUUGACUGUAAAAGACCUGUUUGCAGCAAGGCAACAUUUUGUACAGUAAAAUCCCAUGAUUAUUCAUGUACCAGUAUAGGUAAAGGUGUUUUUGAGUGCAUUGCUGUUGGCAUUGUUUUUACACAUACUCUGUCUAGCUAACCUCUUCAUGUAAUUUCAGUCAUUCUACAGACACUGAUGUUUUGACAAAAACUAUAUAUCUUUGCCAAACCCACAACCAGGCCAGGACUUAAGUAAUCCAGGGUUUCACCUUUGUUUUGGUUUUAUAGUGUCUUAUUCUCUGUACCAUAAGACGGUUUAAUACUAAUAGUUCUAUAUUUCUCUCUGUAAAAACUCUAGGCAUUCCACUAGAAAAAGAGUUUAAUGAAAGAGAUGGCAGACCUGCAAGCCGAACUCACUUAUCACCCUAUCAAGUCAUUUUGUCUGGAGAAGGAAGUUCUCAAGUAGGCAGUGUAAUUCAAGCUAGUAUAUUUAAAGACAAAAAAUAUAUAUAUAAAUGUCCACAUUUUACUACCAAACAAGUGUUUAGCUCUGCACAAAAAAAUAAUAUCUGCAUAUAAAUAUAGUGUAUAAAUAUAUUAUAUUUUUUAAUUAAUCAACAGAAUGCAUCUGUUUUCUACACACAGCUGACAUAUUGUACAGUGAGACCCUGUAAUUCUCAUCCUGUUUCCAGAGUUUUUAUCUGAUACUACAGAUGUUGAACUGUGGGGUUUGGUGUUUUUCUUUUGGGUUCAGCAUCUCCCUGCUCCUUAUCAUAACCACUUUCUCUCUCAACUCUUGUGUUGUCUACUCAGUCCACCCAACCAGUGCCAAACUGUCCCUGCUCACUGCCCAACCUCUGGGCCCUCAUACACUGGGCUUGCUAUGGUUGGACCCAGAGGUCUCUCUGAGCUCCAUGUCCGACAGCAGGCUCAAAGUGAUGCUGGUGAAGCCCAGCCCAGGUGUUGUUGUAUGAGAGCUCACGACUCCUAACCGUGGCCCUUCAGUCCGUUCGGGUUGAGCGACACUGCAUCUCUUAAGUUCUGAUGGUGAAUUGUGAUGCCUCUACCACCUCCCCCCACAUUUUAUGGCUCAUUAUGUUGUAAAAGUUUGUUUGUUGGCUUGUCACUGUGCAGUCUCACGAACCACAGUGUCCUCUACUGUUCUUGUCAUAAAAGUCUCUAUGAAUGGCUGUUACCCUUAUGUAGCAUUGAGAUAUGUAUGUCUGUUGUAACUGUUCAACCAUAUCAAAAUUGUGGGGGAAAUUAUUUUUGUUAUUUAUAGCUGUCAUAAAACACCAUCCCUAAAAUAA